AUGCUUGAAACACAAAUACCGCCUAUUGUUGAACGUUCAUCUCAAAAUUGGGUUUGGCUCAUUGGUCUUAGUAUUACUGCCGGAGUUAUUCUUUUGAUUGUUUUAGUCGGUGUUCUUUGGUGUUGUGGAUUUUUUAAACGACAUCGUCCACUUUAUCCUGUAUCAACUUUAAUCGAUCCACUAUCACGUGAAAGUCAUUAUCAUUUAUCUUCAUCAUCACCACAAUCUGGACAACAUCAACUGAAUGGUGAUACUGAAGAUAUAACAAGUGAUAUUGAUGAUAAUCAAAUGAUGAUACAUAAUCCGGUCGAUAGUUUGCCUAUCGUUAUACCAAAACAUUCGUCUCAAUUUAUUCAACAACAGCAACAAGAGCGAACUCAAUAUCCUUAUUAUACAUCAACUUAA